UUUAAUCAUUAAAUAUUUCCAUUGUAUUUUUAAUUGUUUAAUAGAAAUAUUUAUACAUUAUCUGUACUUUUUACAGAGCAAGGGAAAGGGCUGCAGUGCUGUAGAGCUUGAUUUAAGACUAACAAAAGAUAACAUUCCAAUAUUAUUCCAUGACCCAACAAUUGAAAGACUUACAGGCCAAACAGGAACAAUUAGUGAGAUGACGUGGGAGGAACUAAGAGAGAUAGAUAUAACUUAUAAUCAUCCACUUAGGAACAAGUUUUCUGAAGGCGAGAGAAUCGCGCUGUUAGACGAUGCGCUGCAAGAAUGUCUGAACAGCGAGCAGAGAGUAAUUAUAGACAUAAAAGAAACAAGGACGGAUGUUGUGCAAGUUGUUCUAGAUGCAUACAAAAAAUAUCCAAAGUUAUUUGAAAGAGGUGUCGUGUCAAGUUUCAAUCCAAUCAUAGUAUACAUGAUUCGAAAAAAAGAGCCACGUAUUGUCUCGAGUCUUGCUUGGAGGCCGUAUUUUUUUUCGAGAUUAUCGUAUGCCGGUCUGGAAACGCCUGGUGCGGCACGAUUUCAUAAUCCAUUUAAGCAUUUGGCAGCUUGCAUCUUGGAGAUUUUGUACGAGUGGUUAUUAUCUCGCUUCGUUUAUUAUAUCGUUGGCAUUUCUGCUAUACUAUUGCACAAGGACAUAGUCAAUCCACGCGUAAUAGAACGAUGGUGCGAACGUGGUGUCCGCGUGAUGGCAUGGACGGUAAAUCGGCCGUCAGAGAAAACGCAUUUUUCGAGGCUCUUCAAAGUCACUUAUCUAACUGAUACGCUACAUUUAGAGAAGGACAUGUAAUAAAUGUCCGAUAUAUUUGUUCAGUAUUAAAUUUCAAAGACUUUUGUAUGCUGGCAUUAUAUAU